AUGAUUUUGCUUCGAGGCUUGUUACCCAUCGGACUGUUACUGCUCUGUUGCGUGCACUUUGUCAGCGCAUUGGAGCAGUAUCCCCUUCGGCCCACAAAGUCAAGAGAUCCAGAUGGUUUUCUUUCCCCAGCUGUCAGCCUCGAUUCCGGACUUAUUGUAGGAACUCGCGUAUCAAUACCGUCUGCCGCCGCAAUAGUCGAUCAGUUUCUCGGGGUCCCUUUCGUUCAGUCUCCGCCGGAGCGAUUCUCUCCACCGUCGAAGCCCUCUACUUGGGAUGGUCUGCUGGAAACAAAGCAUGUGAAACCUGCUUGUAUUCAGCAGUUUGCCUGUGUUCAAUCGAUGAACUGCGGCAACAUGACUUUGCCAAUGCAUCUACUCGAGAUACUCCAUUCUAUUGGCGCAGAAUUUGCAUCUUUGAUCAUUUAA